CGAGUGGGGGGAAACAGGCGCCGUGUGGGGUCGCUGCGUGUGCGUGUGUGCGCAUGUCCUGUUUCCCGACAGGAGUCGAGUACUUCCGAGUGGCCGAAACAUUUUUGAACCUCUUCCAAAUGUGGAGCCGGAGUCGCCGAGUGCAGCAGCAGCAGCAGCAGCAGAAGCAGUAAAGCAUCUCUGGAGGAGGGAGAAGACGGUAGGAGGGACCCCACCCUGGCAACAUUCACGCACAUCUGCACCGCCGACAAACCUAGUGACGGACGGACACUUGCCGGAUCAUCGGACGCAGGUGCUACAAAACAGCCACGAUGAGCGCAACCUGUGUGGUCACGCUCACCCUUCUGCUUGCCACAGUUCUGUCAGUGUCUGGCAAGGUCAACGAGGAAUCCUUGAUGUUAUACCUCAGCGAAGACUUCCACAUCCUGCUGCACGCGCCCGGGCUGGAGGUGACGUUUCGCCCGACCCCGCGAUCGCCCGAAGUGGUCCUGAUGCGGGGCGGCCUGGUGGUGGGGAGCCGGGCCAAGAAAAACAUUUACCUGAGCCACCUGGUUGUCGACUCGCUGGUCGAGGGAGACGAGGGCGUGUACACGGUGAAGAACCCCGAAGACCCCGAGGACGUCCGACGCAUCAGGCUCUUCGUUCGAGAUUGCUACAACGAGCAGACGGUAAAAUACGGGGAAAACUUCCGGAUUCCGCUGUUGGAGGUGACGCCACCCAUCACCCUGGAGCACAGGCCCAGUGCGGUGGAGGCCAACCUGACAUCCAGACCGGCGCUGGUGCUGCUGACGAGCACGGGCAAGCCCCGGGAAGGCUACCAGGGUCGCAUCAGCGUCAGCGACCACCACGUGGUCCUGAGGUCGACGACGGGGGCCGACGAUGGCAGCUACACCGUCAGGGAUGCUCUGGGCGCCGUUCGGAUUAAAAUCUGUCUCCAGGUCAUAGAGCACCCGCACUUUGUCAACCUGCAUCACGGCGAACGACUGAAGAUUAACCUGAUGCUCAACAGCUCCAUGGUACACCUCUACUACAGCGCCGACACGGACCACCAGAUGCGCCUACUCAUGGAUCGAGGAGAGUUCACUGAUGCCCAAACAAAGCUAGGCUUCGAGGGUCGCCUCUCCGUGGAGGGAUCUCUGGUCUUCCUGGAUCAAGUCAAGCGCUCCGAUGAAGGCCUCUUCAAAGUCACCGACACACAGGGAUUCCCCGUGUCCAGCAUCCACAUGGAACUCAAACCCUACAAGCUGGAGUCCAUCUACGUGGCCGUCAUCGCCCUGCUGAGCCUGCUGGUUUUCCUCCUUCUGGCCUGCCUGCUGUCCUGCCUGAUCAAAGUCCAAAAAAGGGCCAAGAGGGCCGCCGCCUUGGAGAAGAUCGCCCAGAAUGCUGGCAAGGAGGACGAGGGGGAAGCCUUCAGACAGGUGGUCAAGAACAUCACCAAGCUCAGCGAGGAGUCCAAGCAUUCGCAGGCCGACAACACCGAGAAAUCUCAGAGCACCGAGGUGGACAUUAAAGGACUGGAGGUUUCUUCAAAGGAGGUCGGCAUUGGCAACCUGGACACCAGCGACUCGGGCGUUGGCUUUAACACAGCCCUGCCGCUGGACACUGACACAGACGCCCCUGAGCAAAUCCCCGACUCGGAUGCCGUGAGCAUCUCCAUCGCUCCCGAGACUAAAUCAAGUGCUCCACCACCACCGACCAUGGAAGAAGUCGAAUCCAGUCCGGUAGCUGAAUCCAAGCCGAGUGCCGCGCCAGCUGUGGAAGUAAAGCCUGAAACCAAAGAUGUCGAGACCCCCCCUGCUCAGUCGGUGAACCUGGAUGUGCCCAAACCGGCCGACGUCAAGUCCAGCCCAGUCUCCAGCCCGGUACUCAAGAGUCCGGCGAGUCCAGCAACUGACCCAAAACCCGUCGGCGAUACCCUGGAGCCCAAGUCGACCACCCCGAAAGCCCCAAGCCCGGCUCCGGAACCUCACAAGAUGUUUUCAUCCGCCACCCAGGGGGCCUAUGAACCUCCCUCGUCCGAUGACCACAUUCCGUUCUUGACAGAGCCCAUCCCCAAUGGCACCCCUGAACCUGACAAGCGGUCUGAACUCUGACCGGAUGGAGUGUGGAUCCCACAAACGCAGACUCGGAUAAAUGGCGAUCACAAAAGAGGUUUGUUUAAAGAAACGCGAGAGACCGACAAAGCAGUCAACAAAAAGCGCUGGCAACAAAAGUCCCUGAAAACCAAAUGUUUUCUUGCCAAUUACAAGGAAACAAUGAUCACCAAGAAAUACACAAAACGAAAUGAGCUUAGUUCAAUCACACGAAACCAAGAGCAACUGCAACAAAUUACCAACUACUCACAAACCCCCAAAAAUCCGAUGAUAUGGAGAGAGACUAGGAACCAGAACGAGAGAUCUAGAAAAUAGCACUUGUGCAAAAGUAGUGAACAAGAGCAAUACUGUAAGUCCCACAACGGAGACAAGAAGUCAGAGUCCUUAAAUAUGCAGCCACUUGAUUGCCUUGAUCAGACACCGGUGCACCGCUGAAGGGUGACGCCCCACACUCCAGCUGCUGCUGAAACAAACAAAAAAACACAACAGAGCGGAACAUGACAGAACCGGGCCCAGAUCAAGCUGAUGUUAAUUGGAGGUUCCUCUCUGUAAGCCGUGCCCCCUAAAGCCCCCGAAGUGGAUCCCGAAUCAAGCGGUGCUGGCCAACAUGGAGAUUCUCCCACCAUCACCACCACCACCACCACCUGAGGACUGACUGCUCACAUUGGAAACCCCCACGCGACACACCAGCACUGUCGACAAUCAAACCACCUCCCCUCGAAUUCGGGACUUUGCUUACUCUAAUUGCCUGUACAGAGCCUAACAAUCCAUCAUUCAUUUCGUAACAUCUUUGUAUUUCUUGCAGGCUUUUCUUUGGAAAUCCCCACCACAAAACUGCCAGGCUGCAAACGCAGAGUUUACAAGUAGAAAUUCCACCGUAAGGUAUUUUCUAACACCGGGUUGUGCACUUCCUGACAACAAUUUGGCCUCGCUGUCACUUUUCUGCCUCACGCUGAAUGCCUGUGUACUUACUAGCAUG